AAACACAGAAAUGCGUUUCCGGAUUCUGUUCGGCCAGGUGCAUUUUUUUCGUCCAUUGAAUAGACCUCAAAGUGACGGCACAGGAUGACACAACUGGGAGCCAUUGUCUCUGUUGUUUUGUCAAUUGGGAUAGCAGGUCUCUUCUCUGCUGUCCACAAGAUUGAGGAAGGGCACACCGGAGUCUACUACAGAGGGGGCGCUCUUCUGACCACCACCAGUGGGCCAGGGUUCCACCUGAUGUUACCCUUCAUCACGUCCUAUAAGUCUGUACAGACGACCCUUCAGACAGAUGAAGUCAAGAACGUGCCGUGCGGCACCAGUGGAGGGGUGAUGAUCUACUUCGACCGAAUAGAAGUCGUCAACUUCCUUGUGCCCUCUGCCGUGUAUGACAUCGUGAGGAACUUCACCGCUGACUACGACAAGGCCCUGAUCUUCAACAAGGUCCACCACGAGCUGAACCAGUUCUGCAGCGUGCACACCCUGCAGGAGGUCUACAUCGGCCUGUUCGAUCAGAUCGAUGAGAACCUGAAGCUCACCUUGCAGGAAGACCUGACCGGUAUGGCACCUGGAAUUAUCAUACAGGCGGUUCGAGUUACGAAACCCAACAUUCCUGAGUCCAUCCGCAGGAACUACGAGCUUAUGGAGAGUGAGAAGACGAAACUGUUGAUCGCUGCACAGACUCAGAAGGUGGUGGAGAAGGAGGCGGAGACUGAGAGGAAGCGAGCUGUGAUUGAGGCAGAAAAGCUGGCCCAGGUCGCAGAGAUCAAGUUUGGACAGAAAGUCAUGGAGAAGGAGACUGAGAAAAGGAUAUCGGAGAUUGAAGAUGAUGCUUUCCUGGCGCGGGAGAAGGCUCGGGCGGACGCUGAGUUCUACACUGCUCACCGGACGGCUGAGGCCAACAAGUUGAAGCUCACUCCAGAGUACCUCCAGUUGGUGAAGGUUAAGGCCAUCGCAGCGAACAGUAAGAUCUACUUCGGGAGCGACAUCCCCCACAUGUUCGUGGACUCGGGACGCGGGGGGGGCGCCGUCAAGGCCCCGCCCAAAAUGGACAUGGUUUCCGAGGCAACCUUUGACCUGGACUGAAGGACCUCCCCGCCCCUCCUCCCUCCCUUCCCCUUUCCCCCGGAGCUGGUGUUCUGUUGCCACCCGGGGGUCACUGAAUGAAGAACUGAGAGACAAGACUACUUAGGGCAUCAAUGCAGGAACCCCACGAGGCUGGGAUGUAGCAGUCAGUCACAUUUUCCUUUUAAAAAGCGUGUAUUUGUUUGUCGCAGUUUAUACCCCCCGCAGCACAUGCCCUAUACCCCCCUACCUGCCUCUCUGUGUUUGUGGUUAGGAUUAAACCAGCGAACCUCUAGACUCCAUACACUGUACGCAGCUAUGGGUCCGUUUCUGUUGUCCAUAUUUUGUCCUUCCCCCAUCAUCUGUUCUGCGUUGUUUGUUUGUCUAGAAGAUGCUCGAGCCAAAAUGUGGAGGAGCGCUUUUGCCUAGGCCUGACGCACCAGAGUGCUGGAACUCGUCAGCGAGACAGCAUUAUCCCUCUGAGAGAUUAUCAUUUUUUUGCUUUUUUUUUUGGGAAAUUGCGUUGUUUGCUUGACUACCCGCUUCUUUUCCACAUAAAACGUGUCAUCAGCGUGUCUAGACAGUCAUUAGAAUGCUCAUUAUGCACAUCCGCAAACAGUACCGUGCAAAAGUCUUAGGUACCCUGGAUUUUUUUUUAUGUCAAUUUGGUCUUCGAUGUUUAAUCGUUUUCUUUAACUGUCAUAGUAUCUUCCCAAACUCAACUCAAAUUCAACGUUAGAUCAUUUUUUAGCUGCAGAAGAACUGUGGCUAGUUCCCCAGUGUGCAGGAACAACAUGCCAGUUGACUCGCAUAAAACUGCAGUUACUGUUUAACAGAAUUGUUGCAGUUUUAAAGGCAGAUUUGAUUUUGUUUUUACUAUUUACGGCUCUUUAUUGUAAAAUUAUUAUUUGAUAUUUAUCCUGGCUGAUUCGAGCGUGCUGCGUCACCGGUUCUAACACUGAGCGCAUUUCACAAACACGUCACCCCACACACUGCAUGCUCUACAGAUCAGAUGCAGAACACUUUGUCUUGGGCGCUUCUAGGAGACGUUACAGGCAAAGUUUUAUUUUACAGACCAAGUAUUUACUGGGUAAAAACCAGCGAGUUGUGUACUUAUUUGUUUCUAUUGAUUUCAGAGGCAAGUACUAUGAAAGUCAGUUAGUACCAUGAAACCAACAUAAGUACUAUGAAAAUACAUACUUUUAACUGCCCGUUUUACUUGUGCUUACCUCUGAAAUCAGAAUGAUUACAUAAUAACACAAGUAGCUGGUAUGUGCCCAGUAAAUACUGUUAUUCAAGGCCUGUGAAAUACAGCAUUGCCAAGGUUCUGAGUCUUUAUUGACAUUGAGUGCUCUUUUGGCCGUGUUGUUUAUUUCUAUGGUGAAUUUGGACUACGUCUGUUUGGGUAUUAAGAUGGCCACCGCGGCACAACAUGGAGAAACAUUAAACAUUAAUAGUGUUUUGUUGGAGAGGACAACGGACAAAAGCUGGCUGGCUGUGGGGGAAUUUGUCAAACCACAGGAAAUGGCACUCAGAAUGAAGGAGAUUCUCCCCGGAGCGGUUUUGAAUGUCUUCCGGACAUUCUGGGUGCCCAGAACUUUAAGCUCUUUUGUCGCGUGUUUCCCGGAAUGCUGUUUGGAUCUGGGGAUCUGGUGUGGGCUCUGCAGUGGGACUGCCAGGUUUAUUUGUCUGGGAUUAAGCCUUUUGAUUUUCUAACAUUCAUUAUCCCAUCGGCAACAAAAACCAGAACGGCUUGAUUCUUGGGUGCCUGCACUUGCCUGGAAUGGCCCUGGCAGGUGUCCUAUGCGAGACGUCAAUAGCCUGAGCCCAUAGGCAUAUCUAGUUUCAUAUGCCCGACUCUUGGCCGGUUUGUCUGAUACUUGUUUUAAAGUGGAGGGGGCGUUGGGCUUACCGGGACCAAACAAACUAGGCCCAAUAACUACUCCUCCAAGUCAGUUCCUCAAACCACUCCAUCUCCACCACUGUAGUGGAUCUACAGUUGUCGAGUCCUGUUUUUGACGGGGGGGGACACCAAUGUUGACCUCAUUAUCAGUUAUCCUAGGUAUUGACUGUUACUAAGCUGACGUGGACACAGUCAUCUCCAUUGACUGGUUCCCCCAGUGUAACAGCAGUACUGUUUUUUGACCACUAGGGGGUGCAAAAGGGGAUCCAGCAGAAUAACUGCUCCAAUGUGUUGAUAUUUUUAAUAUGGUGAAAUGGAAAGCACACUUCAUACCCCCCCCCCCCCCCCUUGUAACUUGUUUCUUUAUCUGACAUUUGAAACAUUUCUUUAAAUGUAAGGACAUUUUUCACAUUUUGGUUAAAGCUUUGGGAUGGCUAUUCUCACACAGUUAUUGCAUUAGUCUGAAAACCAGGUGCUGGUGCUUUAAUUUCGGGUGUGAAAGGUUGUCAAUUUAGAACCAUUCAAUUUCUAAACAAUUCCAAACAUUUUGUGUAGCCUAAACAUUAUAUGUCACAUGCCACAGAAUAACUUGAUGAAGUUUCCUCCAUGUGUGAUUGAUUUGAAAAUCCAUUUCAACACUGCAUGCAUCAAGCAUUUCUGAAAACUUAAAACACAUUUUGUAACUGAUGGUAAUUACAGUGCAUCCACUGAUGGACUCGUUUAGCACAUUCGGUUCGGUCACAGCGUAAGUCAGGAAAAUUGUGACCUUACAGGUUUUCACCCUGGCCUGUGGCCUAACCGUGCAGAGCGACAAGAUGAGGUCUACCCUGCGCACGACAACGCGAGUGUGGAGUUAGUGUAGAUACAUGCGUGUUCUCUUUCUGGUGAGAUUGUUGUUAGUCUCCCCUUACCAAGAUGCACUACCGCAGUGGCAUGAGGGAUGGAGGUUAUUCAUUCGUCCAGUGUAAAGGGUGGUGGCAUUUCAUAAGGGUGCACAUACGGGUUUGUUGAAAUGAACUGCCGUCUUCAGUUUGGGAUGCGUUUUCUUGCUUGUGUUACUGUGCCGGUAGUCUGCCAGCUACAGGACUAGUCAAGGUUUCAUUUCACUUUUCUGUGUGUAAAUACAGUAUGGUUUUAUUAGAGCACUGUGAUGCUAUUCAUUAGCUGACAGGUGAUGUGCACUUGAAUGAACAGAAAUAUGUAAUAUUAGAAAUAAUGGCCUAGAUAUGGUAUUUUCGUAGCUGCACAUGGUGUACAAGGUCACAUUGCACCUUUGUCCAUCUCAUUUCUGCUCUUCUCCUGUCCUUAAAAAGUGUGAACCUUAAUAAAAAUUUUUAAAAAUACAAUAAAAGAUUGCAUCUUUUUGGCUUGUCUGUUUCACCCAGCCAAGUUCAAAAGAACACAAGAGAGUGUGAACAUCAUUCCUCUUGUUAGAUCUACAGGCCUUUAGAUCUUGUUCAUUUUGUUCUCUUUGUGUGUUAUAAAGCAAGUUUGUGUGCAUGACGGAACAUGUUUCCCUGGACGGUAUGUCAGAGGUGCUUCUAGUUUGGUAUUAUUAAUAUUAUUAUGGUUGUUGUUAUUAUUAUUAUUAUUAUUAUUAUUAUUAUUAUUAUUAUUAUUAUUAUACUUUCCAAGAGUCAAUACAUUGUCUGAAAGAUCACAGCUUCCUUCUGUUUCUGUUCACCUCCAAACAAUUUUGGGUUUCUUUUGAUCACAGAAGUCCCCCACCAGGACACCAGUCUCACCUGGCACCAUUUUAUUAAUUAGUGAAUACUAUGAGGUGUCGCUUCGGUCUUGCUCAGGUAGACCUAAAUGAAUGUGACGUGAAGGGAAUCAGUUUCAUAUCUUCUAUUUUCUCUUUUUUUUUUUGCACUGUAACAAGAUAUAUUGCGAGUAUUUGUCGGAGAUGUUACUAAUCGUUCAUUUUGUAACUUACAAUAAAGAGAUUUGAAGGUU